GGCUGAGUGAGCUGCCGCCGCUGCCGCCGCUGCCGCCGCCGGGGGAGGGGCGGCCGCCGCCCGCCUGCGCUCAGAGCCUCACGCAGCCCUAGUCCCGCCAGUCCGCCAACACAGUAGUGCCGGCCCCCCUCCGCCCCUGGCCCUCCCCCUCCCCGCCUUGGGCUCGCUCCGCCUUCUCUGCCCCCCACCCCCACCUCACGGGUACGGGCCAUUCCCGGCCAGGAAACGCCGUGGCGCCGCGUUGGGCCUAACUCGAGUCUCGCUGCCUCCCGGGAGUGCCGUGCGCCGCAGCCCGGGCCCAGGCCCCGGCAGCGCCUGGGUCAAGGAUUCCUCAUGUCCGUAACAUGUUGGCUGAGGCUCUGCAGUUCACCCCCACUCUUUGAGUGGUCAGUCUCCAUUAAUUGGACCCCGUGAUUCCCACCCUCUGCUGUCUUGGACGUCAUGAGCAUUGCAAUCCCUCUGGGAGUCACCACACCAGAUACAUCCUACUCAGAUAUGGCUGCUGGAUCAGACUAAGAGCAGCGUUAGGAAUUCAGAAUUUGUCGAAAGGCCUAAUCCCUAAAAUAGACUCAGUUCUUUGAAGAAUUUAAAUGCCAAAUGACAAUGAAGAAAGGAAGUGGAAGCCCCCUACCUUUCAAGACGAAGUGGCACUACACCAGGAUGUGAGAGUCCAGCGAAAGAGACCCAAGGGGCCUAGGGGGCAGCACACCCCCAGAAGCCAAGUCUAUUCCAGGCAGUACCAGGGAUUAGGGUCUGGGCUGGAAAAAUCCUGGUGUUUUGAAUAUGUUCAGGUCCAGUUCAGACUCUUGAUCCCACAGCCACUUCUUGAGUGAGGGUAUCCUGUCUUGGUAGUGAAUGGAAGAGGGCCUGGUCCCUGGGGCAGUGCAGAAGGCACUUUCAUCAUCUCACUCACUGCAAAUGUCAUGUGAGGUUUCAUGGAAGUAUUAAGAGAUCCAAUUAAGAAGAAUAGUUCUGAGUCUAAACCAGCCCAGAGUGGCUUCUCUAGGGGAAACUCCCCGCUCUGCUGCCCUGAAUCUGUGGAGGCUAGUCCAGCAGUUAAUGAGAAGAGCGUGUAUUCCACUCAUAAUUAUGGGACCACUCAGAGGCAUGGGUGUCGAGGACUGCCUUAUGCUGAUCAUAAUUACGGAGCCCCUCCUCCUCCGACACCUCCUGCUUCUCCCCCUGUCCAGACGAUCAUCCCUCGUUCUGACCUGAAUGGCCUGCCGUCGCCCGUAGAGGAACGCUGUGGAGACAGCCCGAACUCUGAAGGAGAGACUGUUCCUACCUGGUGUCCUUGUGGUCUUUCUCAGGAUGGCUUCCUUCUCAACUGUGACAAGUGCAGGGGAAUGAGCAGGGGGAAGGUUAUUAGACUUCAUCGGCGGAAGCAGGACAACAUAUCAGGUGGGGAUAGCAGUGCAACAGAAAGCUGGGAUGAGGAGCUUUCUCCUUCCACUGUGUUGUACACAGCAACACAGCACACACCUACAAGCAUCACCUUAACUGUUAGAAGAACCAAACCCAAGAAGCGGAAAAAGAGUCCAGAAAAGGGUCGUGCAGCACCAAAGACGAAGAAGAUCAAGAAUUCUCCCUCUGAAGCACAGAAUUUAGAUGAAAAUACCACUGAGGGCUGGGAAAAUCGGAUAAGACUAUGGACUGAUCAGUAUGAAGAAGCUUUCACUAAUCAGUACAGUGCAGAUGUACAGAAUGCCCUUGAGCAACAUCUCCAUUCUAACAAGGAAUUUGUGGGCAAACCUGCUAUUUUAGACACUAUUAAUAAAACUGAACUGGCCUGUAAUAAUACAGUAAUUGGUUCCCAAAUGCAGUUACAGCUGGGAAGAGUCACUCGUGUUCAAAAGCACCGGAAAAUCCUGAGGGCUGCAAGAGAUUUGGCUUUGGACACUCUUAUAAUAGAAUAUCGUGGGAAAGUCAUGUUACGACAACAAUUUGAGGUCAAUGGGCAUUUCUUUAAAAAACCAUAUCCCUUUGUGCUCUUCUACUCAAAAUUCAAUGGUGUAGAGAUGUGUGUCGAUGCUCGUACUUUCGGUAAUGAUGCUCGGUUCAUCAGAAGAUCAUGUACACCAAAUGCAGAGGUGAGACACAUGAUUGCAGAUGGGAUGAUUCACUUGUGUAUCUAUGCUGUAUCUGCUAUCACCAAGGAUGCUGAAGUCACCAUUGCAUUUGAUUAUGAAUAUAGUAACUGUAAUUACAAAGUGGACUGUGCUUGUCACAAGGGAAACCGAAAUUGCCCUAUACAGAAAAGAAAUCCCAAUGCUGCAGAAUUGCCACUCCCACCUCCUCCUAGCUUUCCCACCAUUGGAGCAGAGACCAGACGUAGAAAAGCACGGCGGAAAGAGCUGGAGAUGGAGCAGAAAAAUGAGGUUCCAGAAGAGAAUCAUGACCCACAACCACAAGAAGUUCCAGAAAAAGUAACUGUAUCCAGUGAACACGAGGAAGUUGACAAUCCAGAAGAAAAACCAGAAGAAGAAGAAAAAGAAGAGGCUACAGACGACCAGGAGAACUCUGCUCAGAGCAGAAGGACUCGAGAAGACAGAAAGGUUGAAGCCAUCAUGCAUGCUUUUGAAUCUUUAGAGAAGAGAAAGAAACGGCGGGAUCAGCCUAUAGAACAGAGCAACUCGGACAUAGAGAUUACUACUAGCAGUUCAGAGAUAGUAGUUGGAGAAGAGACAAAAACUGCAGCCCCUGAGUCUGAAAUUAGUAGCCCUGUUUCAAAUGUUGCCAUCCCAAGCACCCCACAGAGCACUGGUGUGAAUACUCGGAGGUCUUCCCAUGCUGGGGAUGUAGCUGCAGAAAAGCCAAUCCCCAAACCACCUCCAGCUAAGCCUUCUAGACCCCGACCGAAAAGUAGAAUUUCUCGGUACCGGACCAGUUCAGCCCAAAGACUAAAACGCCAGAAGCAGGCCAUUGCACAACAGGCAGAACUGUCACAAGCUGCCUUGGAAGAAGGAGGAAGUAACAACUCAGUAACUCCUCCUGAAGCUGGAAAUACAGACAGUUCAGGAGAGAACAGACAGUUAACAGGGUCUGACCCAACUGUGAUACCAGUUACUGGAUCCCAUGUCAACCGUUCUGCAUCUAAAUACCCCAAAACCAAAAAGUAUCUAGUUACAGAAUGGUUAAAUGACAAGGCAGAGAAGCAAGAAUGCCCUGUUGAGUGUCCUUUGCGUAUCACCACUGACCCAACUGUGUUGGCAACAACCCUGAACAUGCUACCGGGUCUUAUUCAUUCCCCAUUAAUUUGUACCACCCCCAAACACUACAUUCGCUUUGGCUCACCCUUUAUGCCCGAGAGGCGUCGAAGGCCCCUUCUGCCUGAUGGCACAUUCAGCUCCUGUAAGAAGCGCUGGAUAAAGCAAGCCUUGGAAGAAGGGAUGACUCAGACAUCAUCUGUGCCCCAAGAGACUAGAACACAGCACCUAUACCAAAGUAAUGAGACUAGUAAUUCUUCUAGUAUCUGUAAAGACAAUGCAGACUUACUGAGCCCAUUAAAGAAAUGGAAGUCUCGAUAUCUGAUGGAGCAGAAUAUCACCAAGUUGCUUCAGCCUCUGUCUCCAGUUACACCACCCCCACCCAGCUCAGGCUCAAAGAGUCCCCAGCUGACCACACCUGGCCAGACUCACCCAGGAGAAGAGGAGUGUCGAAAUGGAUACAGCCUCAUGUUCUCACCAAUCACAUCUCUUACUACUGCUAGUCGUUCCAACACUCCUCUGCAGUUUGAGCUUUGUCACCGAAAAGACCUAGAUUUGACAAAAGUGGGAUACCCAGACUCAAGCACUCACAGCUGCGCUGAUAGGCCCUCCCUGCUCAACUGCAAUCAUCCUGACCUGGCUUCUCAUCCCUCUGUUGUUCCCACCUCCGAGGCUGGCUUCCCAAGCAGGAGUGGAGAUGGUCCUCAGACCUUGCUGAGAAACUCAGACCAGGCGUUUAGGACAGAGUUCAAUUUGAUGUACGCCUACUCCCCUUUGAAUGCUAUGCCUCGAGCAGAUGGACUGUAUAGAGGGUCUCCCUUGGUGGGGGACAGGAAACCUUUACAUUUAGAUGGAGGAUAUUGUUCCCCUGCAGAAGGCUUUUCCAGCAGAUAUGAACAUGGCUUUAUGAAAGACCUCUCUCGGGGAUCCAUGUCACCUGGUGGUGAAAGGACCUGUGAAGGAGUCCCAUCUGCUCCUCAGAACCCACCGCAAAGGAAAAAGGUAUCCUUGCUAGAGUACCGCAAAAGAAAACAAGAAGCUAAGGAGAAUAAUGGUGGAGGAAAUGACUCUUCACAGAGCAAAAGCAAGUCUUCAGGAGCUGGGCUAGGCAGCAGUAACUCUGUCUCUGACCCUGGGGCCCACGGUGUGCAGGGGUCCUCAGCUGGAACCCCCUCAUCCCCUCACAAAACGUUUUCCCCGUCUCAUUCCUCUACAUCACAUUUGGAGGCGGUAAGCCCAUCAGAUUCCAGGGGCACUUCUUCCUCUCACUGCAGACCUCAAGAAAACAUCAGCAGUAGGUGGAUGGUUCCUACGUCAGUUGAACGCCUCCGAGAAGGAGGUAGCAUCCCUAAGGUUCUUCGAAGCAGUGUGAGGGUUGCCCAGAAGGGAGAGCCUUCUCCAACGUGGGAGAGUAACAUCACAGAGAAAGAGUCAGACCCUGCAGAUGGAGAAGGCCCAGAGCCAUUGAGCUCAGCACUCUCUAAAGGAGCAACUGUUUACAGCCCUUCCAGAUAUAGCUACCAGCUCCUGCAGUGUGACAGUCCACGGACAGAAUCACAAAGCCUCCUUCAGCAGAGUUCGUCCCCCUUUAGAGGACAUCCCACCCAAUCUCCAGGAUACAGUUAUCGAACUACUGCACUGAGACCUGGAAACCCUCCCUCUCAUGGCUCUUCAGAAUCAUCCCUCUCUUCCACAUCCUACCCCAGCCCUGCCCACCCUGUGUCUACAGACUCGUUGGCCCCAUUUACGGGGACUCCAGGGUAUUACAGCAGCCAGCCGCAUUCUGGAAACAGCACUGGCAGCAAUCUUCCAAGGAGGAGCUGUUCUUCAAGUGCUGCUAGCCCUACCCCACAGGGCCCCUCAGACUCACCGACCUCAGACUCGGUUUCUCAGUCCAGCACAGGAACUCUGAGUUCCACCUCCUUUCCUCAGAACUCUAGGUCGUCAUUGCCAUCAGACUUACGGACUAUCAGUCUGCCCAAUGCUGGGCAGUCAGCUGCCUACCAGGCCUCCAGGGUAUCUGCGGUCUCCAAUUCACAGCACUACCCACAUCGUGGUAGUGGGGGUGUACACCAGUACCGACUCCAGCCACUGCAAGGGUCAGGAGUCAAGACUCAGACAGGACUUUCCUAGGGCUUCUGGAUAUGGGCAAACUGAACUUAAUGAGCCCAUAGCUGCUUCCUUCCAGCUGCCUCUGGAAUCAAGGCCGAGCAUAUUGCUGGGGAAGAGGGGUACAAGGUGCCAGAGGAAUGGGUCUGGUCAGCAAGAAAUGAGACUUGUGGUCAUGACUGGCCUCCGGCCUUGGAGAAAGAUGUAAAUCUUGUCUGAAGCAGAGACUAUAAAGAAGUUCUCCCUGCUGUUAAGGGUACAUUGUUAACAAGCAAAUGGUGUUCCGGUUAGUAACGGUUCUAAGUGCAAUGGCUUGUGUUGAAGCCUGUGUCUCCCAUCCUUGCCUGUAGCCUGUAGUCACUUGUGCAGUGAGGACAUCUUUUUCAAUAAAAUUU